AUGGAGAUGGUGAUGAGAUUAACCUUCAUAGCAGCAAUUUGGAUUUCUUUCUCAUUCAUCUUCACUCAUCAGCUAACACAAGCCCAGCCUGGCAUUUUUGACAUAACGAAAUUCGGUGCAAAGCAGGGCGACGAAGACAUCAGUCAGGCUCUGUUGACUGCUUGGAAGGAGGCCUGCGCAGUGACAACUCCGAGCACAAUCAUGAUUCCGGCGGGCACAUACUUGUUGAACGAAGUGCUCCUCACCGGCCCAUGCCAGGGUCCGAUCAACAUUCAGGUCCACGGCACCCUGAAGGCUCCCGCCGAUCCGCUUGCAUUCAAAUCCGCUACGUGGAUUACAAUCAACAAAGUCAGUCACCUCACCAUUUCCGGCACCGGAACGUUAGACGGCCAAGGCGCCGAUGCCUGGGCCGCAAACGAUUGCAUCAAGAACUCCAAAUGCCGCAGGUCUGCCAUGAAUCUGGCUUUCAACUUCCUCAACGACACGGUAGUCCAGGACAUAACUUCUCUGGACAGCAAGCUCUUCCACGUCAAUGUCAUCAGCUGCAACAACUUCACCUUCCAGAACUUCACCAUCAUCGCGCCUGAAUCCAGCCCCAACACCGACGGAAUCCACAUGGGACGCUCGAACAGAGUCAGCAUCCUGGACAGCACGAUAAUGACCGGAGACGACUGCGUCUCCGUCGGCGACGGUACCACACAGUUGACGGUGGAGAGAGUGACCUGCGGGCCUGGCCACGGCAUCAGCAUUGGAAGUCUCGGAGGGUCCCCGAACGAAGCGCCCGUUGAAGGCGUUGUGGUUCGGAAUUGCACGUUCAAGAACACGACGAAUGGCGUGAGAAUAAAGACGAAGCCGGAAUCGCCUAACCCUAGCGUCGUCACCGACGUGAAAUUUGAGAACAUCGUGAUGAACAACGUCGCCAAUCCGAUUCUCAUCGAUCAACUGUAUUGCCCGGGGAAGCAAUGCACGGAGAAGGCUCCAUCUCUGGUUAAGAUCAGCAAGGUGAGCUAUGACAACAUCCGGGGAACUUCUUCGACGCGGGAGGCCGUCACGAUAGCCUGCAGCGGCGGCGCACCGUGCGAAGAUGUGACGAUCGGAGACAUUGACCUGACAAACGUCGGAACCGGCGGCCCGGCGACGAGCCCUUGCGUCAACGUCAAGCCGACUUUUACCGGCAAACAGAACCCGCCGGUGUGCUCCUCCGACUUCUCGGCACCCACAGCAUAG